CUCAGUACACACCAAGCCCAUGCCUCGCUUGACGCUUCUCCUCCAGCACGCCAAUGUCGCCACCACGCCUCCGCCUCCUCCUCCUCCUCCUCCUCCUCCUCUGCGCCCGCCACUCCUCCUCCACCUCUCAUCCCUCACGCAUCUGGGAUCCCCACGCCGCCUUCGCCGCCGCGACGGAGCGGGCGCGCUCUGGUAGGCUCACCACGGAGGACGCACACCACCUGUUCGACGAAUUGCUGCGGCAGGGCAAUCCUGUCCAGGAGCGUCCCUUGAAUAACUUUCUGGCUGCCCUCGCCCGCGCGCCCGCGUCUGCAUCCUGCAGCGAUGGCCCCGCCCUGGCCGUCGCCCUCUUCGGCCGUUUGUCCCGAGGCGCCGGGCAACGGGUGGCGCAGCCAAAUGUGUUCACCUAUGGCGUCCUCAUGGACUGCUGCUGCCGCGCUUGCCGCACAGAUCUGGCGCUCGCCUUCUUUGGCCGUCUUCUCAGGACGGGCCUGCAGGCAGGCCAAGUCGUCUUCAACACCCUCCUCAAGGGCCUUUGCCACACAAAGCGGGCGGAUGAGGCUCUGGACGUGCUUCUUCACAGGAUGCCUGAGCUGGGCUGCACCCCCGAUGUGGUGGCGUAUAACACCGUCAUCCAUGGCUUCUUUAGGGAAGGCCAAGUAGGCAAGGCAUGCGAUAUGUUCCAUGGAAUGGCACAGAAGGGUGUUAUGCCUAAUGUGGUGACAUAUAACUCGGUUAUUGAUGGGCUGUGCAAGGCCAGGGCCAUGGACAAAGCAGAGACGGUCCUUAGUCAAAUGGUAAAUGAUGGUGUCCGACCUGAUAACGUGACAUAUAAUAGUCUCAUUCAUGGAUAUUCCUCUUUGGGCAAUUGGAAGGAGGCGGUUAGGGUAUUCAAAGAGAUGAGUCGGAGGUUUACACCAGAUGUCAUUACCUGCACCUCACUCAUGGCCUUCCUUUGCAAGAAUGGAAAAAGCAAAGAAGCUGCAGAAAUUUUUGAUUCAAUGGCUAUGAAGGGCCUGAAACGUGACACCGUUUCAUAUGCUAUUCUCCUUCAUGGGUAUGCCACUGAAGGAUGCUUGGUUGACAUGAUUAAUCUCUUCAAUUCAAUGGCAACAGACUGUAUUCUACCUAACUGUCAUAUCUUCAAUAUACUGAUUAAUGCAUAUGCUAAAUCUGGCAUGAUGGGUGAGGCCAUGCUUAUAUUCAAAAAAAUGCACGAACAAGGAGUGAGUCCAGAUGUAGUCACCUAUUCAACUGUAAUACAUGCAUUUUGCAAAAUGGGUAGCUUGGACAUUGCUAUGGACAAAUUUAACCAGAUGGUUGAUAUGGGAGUACGACCGAAUGCAAUUGUUUAUCAUUCCCUAAUCCAGGGUUUUUGUACACAUGGGGAUUUAGUGAAAGCAAAGGAAUUGGUUACUGAAAUGAGGAACAAAGCUAUGCGUCCUCCUGAUAUUAAGAUCUUCCAUUCAAUAAUGAAGAACCUAUGCACGGAAGGAAGGGUAAUAGAAGCACGGGAUAUCCUCGACUUGAUGGUGCACAUAGGUAUGAGGCCUGAUGUUCCCAUCUUUAAUUUACUGAUUGGUGGAUACUGCCUAGUCCACAAGAUGGAGGAUGCAACAAAAAUGUUUGAUGAUAUGGUGUCAUAUGGUUUAGAACCUUGUAACAGUACGUAUGGUAUACUUAUUAAUGGCUAUUGCAAAAACGGAAGGAUUGAUGACGGGCUGAAUCUGUUCAAAGAAAUGUUGCGCAAGGGACUUAAACCUACAACUUUUAAUUACAACGUCAUACUGGAUGGAUUAUUUCUGGCUGGACGAACUGUUGCUGCAAAGGAAAAGUUUGAUGAGAUGGUUGAAUCUGGAGUAAGUGUGUGCAUUGAUACAUAUUCGAUAGUUCUUGGUGGACUUUGUAGAAAUAAUUGCACCGGUGAAGCAAUCACGCUGUCCAAGAAAUUAAGUACAAUGAAUGUCAAAUUCAAUAUUGCAAUUGUCAAUAUCUUGAUUGGUGCAUUCUUCAGGGUUCGACGAAACCAAGAAGCUAAGGAUUUGUUUGCCGCAAUACCAGCCAAUGGCUUGGUAGCUAAUGUUGUUACCUACAGCAUGAUGAUGAUAAAUCUUAUAAAAGAAGGGUCACUGGAAGAAGCUGACGAUCUCUUUUUAUCAAUGGAGAAGAGCGGCUGUACCGCUGACUCUUGUAUGUUAAAUCAUAUCAUCAGAAGGCUACUGGAAAGAGGAGAGAUAGUCAAGGCUGGAAAUUAUAUGUCGAAAGUUGAUGCAAAGAGCUACUCACUUGAAGCUAAAACUGUUUCGCUGCUGAUCUCCCUCUUUUUAGGGAAAGGGAGAUAUAGAGAACACAUGAAAUUGCUCCCUAUGAAGUAUCAGUUUCUCGAAGAAGCAGCCACAGUUGAAUAAUUUGAUACAUGAUCUCUGAACUUAACUCCUAGAAGUUAAACUUGGAUUGUUGCUUGCCAUGGAUCCUUAUCCUUGUCCAAUUCAGAGUUUUUGUGUAUCAAAUUGUUUUUUAAUGAACACAAGUGUUCAGGUUGAACGUGAAGCUGGGAUUUUGUCAAAGGCUGCUGCCUAUAGGAAAUCAGGUAACCAUGCUUGAUCCGGUCAACCAAUUGAGCAGCGGUAGCAAUCUGGCCCUCAAAGCUUUACCUCGUUCUUUUCCUCUGUUCCUCGGAGACAGAACGUAAAGGUCAUGUGCUUCCUUUGAGCCUGAUGUAAUUCUAUAUGCAUGUUGGACUGCAGCAUUUGGCAUUAUGUUGAUUUCGUACAAUUUUUUAAAGAGUCAAGUGUUAAAUGUCUCACUCCAAAAUUUGUACUGUACUGUUGAAAGCCAGGAGAUUUGGUCUUGUUGCUUAAACAUCUUUCUGUACUGUGGUUACUUUGCAUUUGCAGGGUCCUAUCUCACAACUGUCUGUCAGAACGGCUUACAUUUCUGUGCGUAUUUACUAAUCUGACUUCAUCCUCUUUUUUGCAGAGGAAGUUGAAAACACGACGCUUCUUUUGGGCUGGUUAUGUAGUAGCUCGGUAGUAUAUACUGGUAGCACAGGGCAUGGACACCUGUGCCUCCACCAUGAACCUGAACUGCCUCGUCGCUCUCCAACAGCAUCGGUUUGCUGCAGGGCAUGGACACCUGUGCCUCCACCAUGAACCUGAACUGCCUCGUCAAUGACAGAGCUCUGCGCCGUGGUAUCAUGUGCUCCACCUCUUCUACUACAUCUGCAACACCAUCCAAAGGCACAUGCUAGGAAUUGCUCCUGUUUGACCAUUUAUAACAUGCUCAUCUUGAUUUAGGUUUCGUCACUUGUUUUAAUCUUUUAGGCAAGCGAGAAUACAUACCAUUCAAGGUAGGGAUUAUUUUGCUCUUGGUUCUGAUAAUCACCUCCUCGAAAAAUGAAAAG